AUGUACUUGUGCAAGCAUGGUUUUAGGGAAGGCUAUGAAACAUGGACGGAGCAUGGGGAGACUCAUAUUGGGCAUGAUGAAGGUGAUAGCAUAGCAAAUGGGGAGGGUUUUGAUGAGCCUGGGGACAAUCCACCUAUAGUAGAUGAGCAACCAACACCAUUUGCCACAACUUUUUAUAGGAUGGUUGAUAGUGCAAGUGAGUUGGUGCAUGAGAAGACCACACACUCUAGGUUUAUCCAGAAAAUUAAGAAGAAAGUAAGAAAUAAGGCAUGUGUUGAGGCUGCCAUUGUUGAGGCAUUUCUAGUUGAAGAGGCUACAAAUUUUCUUAGUCUAUAUUUCAAAUCCAGUCUACCUUCUAUUAGAAACAAGAUGCCACGAUAUGAUGAUGGUUCAUCUAUAUUUCAAGAGGAUGGAUUGGAUGGUACCUUUGUUAUUGAUUUGGGGGAAGCAUUGGAUUCUCUGGUAUCUUUGGGCUCAGAUGAGAUUACUGAUGUGGUAGACUUGGAGACAAUAGAGAAAACCACGGUUGAGGAUGAGGAAUAUGAUGAAGAAGCUAUUGAUGAAGAGGGUAACACUACAGAGGAAGAGCAUGAAGCAAUAACGGAUGAAUCAGAGGAAGAGACUUAUGAUCAUGAUGAUGAUUGA